AUGGACGUCGUAGACAAAGAAAGACACUGCGAAUUCAUUUCUUUAGUCUACAAGAACAACGUCCCCCAGAUCUAUACCAUACUAAGAGACUACCAAAUUGACCCUUUUCUCCCUACAGACUCCAGAGGUUACUCUGCACUUCACGUGUGUGCAUUAAAUAACAGUACCACAAUCGUGAAGUUUCUUAUAAGAUAUGUCCAAGAAUUCUAUAAAGAAAAAUCCCAAGAAAUCAUCCACAAUUGGGUCAACCUCAAAAAUUUAGACGGCUUUACCUGCCUUCACCUUGCAGUUUUCAGAGGAAAUCUUGUAAUUUAUAAUUAGAAACUUGUGAAGCUGUUAAUUAAUCUUGGAGCAGACCCAAAAGCAGUGACAGGCCAUGGGCUUGGAGUGAUUCAUAUAGCGGCUCAAAAUGACCAGAUUAUGAUGAUGGUUUAUUUUAAAAGUCUGGGGUUUAUGCAUGAAGAUCAGGAUUAUAAAGGGGCAACUCCUUUGCAUUGGGCUUCUUAUAUUGGCUCAGAAAUGGCUACUUGUGUACUUUUAUCGUGAGGAGUAAACCCGAACUGUAGGGACGAAGAAGGACAAACGCCUUUGCAUUUGGCAAGUAUUAAUGGGAAUGCAAGGAUUGUGAGAAGUUUGUUAUUAAAAGGAGCUGAGCCAAAUGUAUCUGAUUCCAAAGGAAGGACUCCUACUGAGUUGGCAAGGGAAAACGGGUUUGAGUCCAUUGUAAGCUUGCUGAAUAAACCAGGGUGGCUAUCUAUAUGUGGAAUUAAGCCACCACAGAGGCCUGUAAAAUAUAGAAGAACUUUAUUGGUUUUAUUUUUAGGAUUAUUGAUUUUUGGCUGUGUGUCAAAUUUACUAGUGAUCCACCAAAAUUUGGAAUUUUUUAUAUUAAACGGAUUUGAGCUGUUUUUAUUUUUUAUUAUUUGUCACAAAAAUCCUGGGUAUUUGAAGAAAAAUCCUGAGACUACUUUGUUGUCUUUAUGUGAGGAAUAUGAAUGCAAUCAAAUUUGUCCAGAAUGUAUAUUGAAAAGGAUGCCGAGGUCUAGACACUGCCAGAUUUGCAAUAAAUGUGUAGAAAAAUUUGACCAUCAUUGCCCUUGGAUCAAUAAUUGUAUAGGAGGGAAAAACCUUGGACUUUUUUAUAUUUUUUUAUUAGUAACGCUUAUAUUUUUGCUAUGAAAUUCAUUUAUGCAGCUGCAAAUUCUUUGGCAUUCUCAGUAUUCUUCAAUAAUCGAUUGUCCUCUAUUAAUCCAGCAAAUUCUUUCAGGAGUUUCAGCGUUUAUUUCUUUGGGAUUUUUCAUGCCGGUUUUGCUUUUAUUUACUGUGCAAACCAAAAAUAUAUGCUCUAAUACAACGACUAAUGAAAGAUAUUCGAGGACUGCAAGGGGAAGUUUGCAAGGCUAUGAGAGAUCGGAUUCUGAUACUUUGGUUAAAAGAGAUAACUGUCUUAGGAAUAUAAUUGAGAUGUGCUGUAAUUCUAAUCAAAUCAAGAGAGAAAAUAUAGAACUAAACGAGAUGCUUGAAAAUAACGAUGUGCGGUACACUUGGGUAGCAAAAGAGUAUGAAUCAUUAAAAAAAAUGCUAUUAGAGUAA